UCGCAGUAAAGUUGGUUACUUGUUUUUGUAUUGGGAACAUUUACAAAUUCAGAUCAGCAUGAAUAAUUGUAGCCUAUUUGCUUAGUGAAAUGGAAGACAAAUGGCUUAAAGAAAUGUCUGUAAAAUGUCACAAAGGUUUUGAUUUGGCAUCGCCUUGCCUCCAGUACCAGCAACAGCUGUGCUCCUUGAUCAAUGUGACGGUCUGGAAUGCUUCAGCAACUGACGAAAUGAUUGAGGGUAGCGGAAGAUAUGAUUUUUACAUUGGUCUGGUAUUGGCAAUGAGCUCCAGCCUUUUCAUUGGUGGGAGUUUCAUCCUGAAGAAGAAAGGUCUCCUUCGAUUGGCUAGGAAGGGCUCCAUGAGAGCAGGACAAGGUGGCCAUGCAUACCUUAAGGAGUGGCUAUGGUGGGCUGGACUCUUGUCAAUGGGAACUGGCGAAGUUGCGAACUUUGCUGCCUAUGCAUUUGCACCGGCUACGUUGGUGACUCCCUUAGGGGCUCUAAGUGUUCUUGUAAGUGCCAUUCUCUCAUCGUACUUUUUAAAUGAAAAGCUCAAUCUGCAUGGAAAAGUUGGGUGUUUGUUAAGUGUACUGGGUACAACUGUGAUGGUAAUUCAUGCACCCCAAGAAGAGGCAGUGGAAACUUUGAAUGAAAUAUCCCACAAGCUGGGUGAUCCAGGUUUUGUGGUCUUUGCCACAUUUGUUGUCAUUGUGUCCUUAAUAAUGAUCUUUGUGGUGGGACCACGGCAUGGACAAACCAACAUUCUUGUGUACAUAACAAUAUGCUCAGUCAUUGGAGCUCUGUCUGUUUCCUGUGUAAAAGGCUUGGGCAUCGCUAUAAAGGAACUUUUUGCUGGGAAGCCCGUGCUGACGCAUCCUUUAUCCUGGAUUCUGCUGCUAAGUCUUAUUGUCUGCGUCAGCACGCAGAUCAACUAUUUAAAUCGAGCCCUGGAUAUAUUCAACACGUCCCUCGUGACACCAAUCUAUUAUGUAUUCUUCACAACAUCUGUUUUAACUUGCUCCGCUAUCCUCUUCAAAGAGUGGCAACACAUGGCAGCUGACGACGUUAUUGGCACUCUUAGCGGCUUUCUCACUAUAAUAGUGGGGAUAUUUCUAUUGCAUGCCUUUAAGGAUGUCAGCUUCACCCUAGCAAACUUGCCCGUGUCUUUACGUAAAGAUGACAGAGGAAUAAACGGCUCUUUGCCAAACACAUACGAACGCUUUAACGACGAAGAAAGUGGAAGCCGUGUAGGUGAUCUGCAGUCCACAGAGGGAAUAGCCUCUAGGAGAAACGGAAACCUGGGAGCAUCUUAAGAAGAGAGCAAUUCUGUAACUGUGUUUUGUUGUGGAAUGUCAUUUUUAAGUGCUUGUCAGAAACAAAUGUAUUUAAACCGUAUGUAUAGACAAUCGUUUGUUUUUAGGUUUGACUAGCUUGGACCAAGAACAGUGGUGGAUUUUUAUUUGCCUUACUUUUCAUUUAAAAAAAUAAUAAUAAUACUAAAGGACUUCAAAAACAUGUUUUGCUAAAUUACCUGUGAACAUGUAAAAUACUAAUUUUUUUGUUUAGGACUUAUUGCACUAAUGACAAUUUUAACAAAUAAAAUGCUUUAUUUCUGCAUGA